UUCUUUAUAUAGACCUCAUGCCAUCUGUGUGACUCACCAAGAAAAACACAAUCGUUUAAUCUCACCCAAGAAGACAGAGAGAGAAAUGGCGACGACAACUACAGAAGCAACGAAGACAUCAUCCACCAAUGGAGAAGAUCAGAAGCAAUCUCAAAAUCUUCGACAUCAAGAAGUUGGUCACAAGAGUCUCUUACAGAGCGAUGAUCUCUACCAGUAUAUACUGGAGACAAGUGUGUAUCCUAGAGAACCAGAAUCAAUGAAGGAACUCAGAGAAGUGACAGCAAAACAUCCCUGGAACAUAAUGACAACAUCAGCAGACGAAGGACAGUUCUUGAACAUGCUUAUCAAGCUCGUUAACGCCAAGAACACAAUGGAGAUCGGAGUUUACACUGGCUACUCUCUUCUCGCCACCGCUCUUGCUCUCCCUGAAGACGGCAAAAUUCUGGCUAUGGAUGUUAACAGAGAGAAUUACGAAUUGGGUUUGCCGAUCAUUGAGAAAGCCGGCGUUGCUCACAAGAUCGAUUUCAGGGAAGGCCCUGCUCUUCCCGUUCUUGAUGAAAUCGUUGCUGACGAGAAGAACCAUGGAACAUAUGACUUUAUAUUCGUUGAUGCUGACAAAGAUAACUACAUCAACUACCACAAACGUUUGAUCGAUCUUGUGAAAAUUGGAGGAGUGAUUGGCUACGACAACACUCUGUGGAAUGGUUCUGUCGUGGCUCCUCCUGAUGCACCAAUGAGGAAGUACGUUCGUUACUACAGAGACUUUGUUCUUGAGCUUAACAAGGCUCUUGCUGCUGACCCUCGGAUUGAGAUCUGUAUGCUCCCUGUUGGGGAUGGUAUCACUAUCUGCCGUCGGAUCAGUUGAUUUGGUGGAUUUGACUCCUCCCUACUCUGAGUUUGUCCGCAGUGGAUUACUUUCCAUUUUCUGCCCACCAACCACUAAAAUGGACCUUUUUAUGUAUUUGUGUUAAGUAAUCUCUCUCCAUUGUCCUUGUUUUGCUUUCUUCUGAACAAAGAAAUAAUGUACCUUACUUUUCUUUUGUUUUUCUACAUGAUACAACAUCUAAAGAAAA